AUGACGGAUUGGAGCCCCAGUUCGUGGACUACCAAGCCCAUCAAACAGGAUGUUGUCUAUGAAGAUACAAAGGGUGUUCAGGAUGCGCUAGAGAAGUUGCAGAAGCUCCCACCGCUAGUCACCACCCAAGAAAUCAACAAUCUUAAGGCUAGCUUAAGGGAUGUUGCGCUGGGAAAAGCAUUUGUCUUGCAGGGAGGCGACUGUGCGGAGUUGUUCGACUACUGCAACCAGGACAUGAUCGAAGCCAAAGUCAAGCUGCUGCUACAAAUGAGUCUAGUUCUUAUCUGGGGAGCUAAUAAGCCCGUCAUCCGUAUUGCUCGAAUUGCGGGCCAAUUUGCAAAGCCACGUUCAAGCCCUACAGAGGUUGUGAACGGUGUGGAAAUGCCCUCCUUCCGGGGUGACAAUAUUAAUGGCUUCGAGGCAGAUGUCGCAUCUAGACAACCUGACCCAUCCCGCCUGGUCUCAGCAUACUUCCACUCCGCGGCAACACUAAACUACCUCCGCGCCUCAUUGUCCUCAGGCUUGGCUGACCUGCACUCCCCAUUAGACUGGGGUCUCGGUCACGUCAUCACCCCUUCAAUCAAAGAGCAAUACAGCAAGAUCGUGAGCGCCGUCAAGGAUGCACUGCGCUUCAUGCGCACAGUCGGUAUCGAUAAAGACCGCGGCGUCACGACAGCCGACAUCUUCACCAGUCACGAAGGUCUAUCUCUAGAAUACGAGCAGACGCUCACCCGGCUCCUACGCAACCCUAUUGAACGAAAGCACACCGGGGCAACCGCUCAGCAGCCAACAUCCGGCUUUUACGCGACCUCCGCUCAUUUCCUGUGGAUCGGCGACCGCACCCGCCAGCUGGACGGAGCUCACGUGGAAUUCUUCCGUGGGAUUGCCAAUCCAAUUGGUAUCAAGAUCGGGCCUAGCAUGGUGGCGGAUGAUCUAGUCCGACUCCUCGACGUUGUGAACCCUACAAAAGAAAUUGGUAAAGUUACGCUGAUCUCGCGGUAUGGUGCGGGCAAGAUCGCCCAGUACCUUCCUGGUCAUAUCGCUGCUGUGCAGGCGUCCGGCCAUAUUCCCGUCUGGCAAUGCGAUCCCAUGCAUGGGAAUACACAGGCCACGCCUUCUGGUGUCAAGACUAGGCAUUUCACCGAUAUCCUUGCGGAGCUACGACAGGCAUUGGAGAUUCAUCGUGCGGCCGGAUCUUUCCUUGGUGGUAUGCAUCUUGAGUUGACCGGUGAGGCUGUUACGGAGUGUGUGGGCGGUGCAGCUGGGUUAACGGAGGAUGGACUUGGGGAGCGGUACACUACUUUCUGUGAUCCUCGUUUGAACGAGAAGCAGGCGCUUGAGCUUGCUUUCCUUGUUGCUGGGUUCUACCGGGAGGAAGAAGAUAAUUGA